GGAGGAGCAGAGAGCGGAGAGGAAGAGGAGGGAAGAGGAAGGCCUGCAGUGGCACCGAGAAAAGAGCAAAAUGCUGGAACUGUUCUGCAGCCGGCUGGACGUCCUGCACAGCCACCAGGCCUCCACACUGCAGGAGCUGCAGAUGGCCAGACAGGAAGUGGGGAAAGUCCAGGAGAUGUUGACGGCGUCGUCGCGGGAGCAGCGGGAAGAAGAAGAAGAAGAAGCCGAAAGUUCAGAGAAGAAGACACGGUCGGCUGAACAGCAGCCGGCGGCCUGCAGUGAGUCUGGGGGGCCACUAGAGGGGGCUGCAGCGCGCCUGGAGGGACUGAAAGAGAGUCUGUACCAGAAGGAGAGAGAGAUCACCGAGCUGCUGGAGGCCCAGAGGAGCCCAGCCCCCCCGGUCCCACAGCCGCCCUGCAGCGUCCUGCUGAAGGGCGUCAUACACAAGGCGCACGCCGUGUGCAGCGCCGCAGCCGAGACCAGAGCUCUGUUGGACCGGAUGUCUGAGGAGAACCGGGCCGCUCUGGUCCAAGCCAGAGACGAACUGGACCGUCUGCAGACCGCCCACGAAGAGCCAGGGAAUCAGACCGCCGGCCGAGAGAGGGUGGAUGAAUAUGAGUCGGCUUUGUCUCUACUGGAAGAAACCGUGAGAGGGUUCGAGGUCUCUCAGCUGGCUUUGGACUGCAUCAAAACCGGAGAAAGCCCCGAAAUAAAUGACUGCGAUGCCGUCUCCGAGCUGGAGGACAUCCUGGGCCGAGGGACGAUCCCAACAGCCGACGGAGUGAAGAGUGUCGGUCAGCAACUCCUCCUGCUGCAGGACCAGCUGAAGCAAGUCAAAGACGAGAAAAAGAAAAUCGUUGAGAACUACACUUCAGAGAGGACGAUGAGGAAGAAGUACUACAACAUGGUGGAAGACAUGAAAGGUAAAAUUCGAGUGUUUUGUCGGAUUCGUCCGUUGAGCCGGAGCGAGGCCGCGCAGGGCGGAGCCGUCGCCGUGGAGAAAAUAGAUGAUUACUCCGUCGCCGUGGAAACACCUCGAGGGCCGAGGGAGUUUCAGUUUGACAAAGUGUUCGUGGCCGAAGCCUCGCAGGAACAGCUGUUCCAGGACACCAACAGGCUGAUCCAGUCGGCUAUCGACGGGUACAACGUCUGUAUCUUUGCGUACGGCCAGACGGGCUCGGGGAAGACCUUCACCAUGGUGGGGGACAAGGAGCAGAAGAACCCGGGCAUCAUGCCCAGAUCUUUCAACGCCAUCUUCGACAUCAUACGGGACAGCAGCAGCAAGUUCCUCUUUAAGGUGUCGGCCUACAUGUUGGAGCUGUACAACGACCGGCUGCAGGAUCUCUUGGCGCCGCCGGCUGCGGACGCCAUGGCGCUGCCCGGGGCGGCGCGGCGGGUGGAGAUCAAGAGGAACAGGAAGGGCGUUGUGUUCGCUCAGGGCGCCGAGACUAAAGAGGCGUCCAGCGCUCAGGAGCUCUACGCCCUGUUCCAGCAGGCUGGCGCCAACCGACACAUCUCCGCCACCAAGAUGAACGUGGAGAGUUCCCGCUCCCAUCUCAUCGUUUGCAUCAUGGUGGAGAGCCGAAAUCUGACCAACGGCAGCGUGAGCACCGGGAAGCUGAGCCUGGUGGACCUGGCCGGCAGUGAGAGAGCCGCCAAGACUGGCGCCAAGGACCAUCAGCUCAAGGAGGCUAACUCCAUCAACAAGUCUCUGAGCGCGCUGGGAGAUGUGAUCUCAGCGUUGUCUGCGGAGCUGCCACACGUACCGUACAGGAACAGCAAGCUCACGCAGGUGAUGCAGGACUCACUCGGAGGAAACGCCAAAACCCUCAUGAUCGUCAACAUCUCUCCUUCAGAAUGCAACCUCGAAGAGACACUCACUUCUCUCGUGUACGCAACCAGAGUGAAGGCCAUAACCAACCAUGCUCAGAGACACGUGGAGAGCAAAGAGAUCGCCCAGCUGAAAGAGGUGAUCCUGAGGCUGAGGUCAGGGCAGACCGUGGAAGAGGAGGACUUUUGAAGUCUACUGGAGGAAACUGUACCGUACUCAUACGUAUCUAAACCAGAGAAUAUUUUAAUUUUAUCGUUGGUUAGCUACAAAAACUACUUAGUUAAGUUCAGAAAAAGAUUGUAAAGGAGCGUAUAAGGCUACCCUCGCUCCACCACUUUGUUUUAUCUAACGUUAGCACCUC